AUGGCGGAAGUUGCAAUUGCAUACUUGGGUAUUCUGGGUAUUAUCGAUUCGGUUCUUCAUUCUAUUGACCGUAUUUCUGUACUCGUGCAGGCCUUCAAAAAUGCGCCAGAAAAAAUUGUUGAGGUUCAAAUGAAACUUGUUAUUUCAAAAGAAGUAGCGAAAAACUUGAGAAAAUACUUGACGACUAACGAACUAGAAGAAUCAGUGCAAGAAAGUUUGAUGGUUCACAUCAGGGUCUUAAAUCAAGUCUUGACAAAAUGCGAAUAUUAUGUUAAGCGCAACCAACGCAAUAUUGUAGGAAGCAUGUGGUAUGCGAGCAUAGGGAAAACAAAAUUAUCUAAUGAAAUUCAGAGAUUGAAUGAUUGGAAUCGUCUUGUCGGAGACUUGGUGUCGUCCUUGGUCGCCCUUGAUGUGUCGACCUUGACGACCACCCUAAACCAAUGUGAAAAAUCUUCUGAACACCUUUACACAUUUAUGAGAAUUGUAACGAAGGCAAUCUUGAUCAGGGAUCGAAAGAAUAUUCCACGUGAUGACAAUGACCUACAAGACGUUGUACUUGAUGAAGACGAGAUUGAGAACUACGACGUUUUGAAUAAUCAACUGAGAGGAUACGGACAAUGGCGUGGUAAUGAAGUGAUGAUCGAAAAAAUCAAUAUGAAAGAAAUUUCGGGAGCGAAACAAUCGCGACAACGAACGGACCUUCGUCGGCUUGCCUUGCUCCUAAAACAGUAUAAGCAAUGCCAUCAUAUCAUGGAAUUUAUCGGAAUUGCCGAGAUUGAUUCUGACCAUGUUUUAAUGAUAAGUGAUGGCUCUGUCAAAACAACUUUGAAAGAUAUUAUUGAUGGAUACGAUCGACUGGAAUCAAUAGAUCGUAAGAAGGUUGCUGCUGGUGUAGCAGAUGGUUUAAUCUAUCUUCAUUCUUCCGGGAUCCUUCAUAAGGAUAUAAGAAGUUCCAAUAUCUUUAUUAACCUUAACGAUAAGAGGCCAUUGAUCUCCGGCUUUACUUUAUCCCGCAAAAUAGAUUGGGAUAGCGUUAGACAUCACGAAAACUCAUUAGAAGCACGUAUCUGGCAAGCACCAGAAAGGUUUGGU